ACCACCCAUCAAAAAUCUCAACAAAGCAGAGAGCAGGUCAAAAUGAAAAUCCUCUAAAAUACCCACUACUCUCUCUGUCUCUCCCUCUCCCUCUCUCUUCCAUGGCGGCCGAGAGAACCAAGAAGAUGACUAUUACAUACUCCAUCUCCCCAUUCUCCCACGACCCAGUCCCUCCCUUUGACAUUUUGUAAGCCCCUCAAAGCCCCCGUCUUUUUACAUUUUUCUGCAAAUAUAUAAACACCCCCAUUGGAACUCGUUCUUAUCUGUCUAUCUCUCUCUCUAUCUUGGUGUUCGUGCUCCAUUCCACUUUUACUAAAGCCCCAUUUCUCCCUCUCUCAUUCCAAGGACUCUCGGGUAAGAGAAAGAGAAAAAAGAGAGAAGCUUGGCUCAACAUAAGCGCUUGUUUGAGAUCUGGGUUUUGCUUUGGUCUCAACGAUUUUUGUCUUUCUUGGAUUUUGUUCUUCUUCUGGGUUUGCUUGUUUGAGAGAUCUGAGACCCAAAAAUGGGGAGCAAAUGGAGGAAAGCGAAGCUGGCACUGGGUUUCAAUCGUUGUGUGCUUGUCCCGAGAACUUUAGAGGACUCUGCUCCUGCUCUUGAGGGCUCUGAGAGGCUCUCCGAUGCUGCUCUUCUCUCUCCGGCCAAUUGGGCCUCCGGUCCGUCGGGUCCGAGCACGCCGACACCGUCUUCUCACGGUUUAAGGCUGUCCAGGAGUGGUAGCAAAUCGUCCAAGCAAAUCUGCUCGAUAUGCUUGACCAAAAUGAAACAAGGUGGUGGUCACGCAAUUUUCACUGCAGAAUGCUCACAUUCGUUUCAUUUCCACUGCAUCGCUUCAAAUGUUAAACAUGGCAACCAAAUCUGCCCAGUUUGCAGAGCAAAAUGGAAAGAAAUCCCUGUGCAAGGUCCUAGUUUGGAUCCUCCCCCUAGGAGGGCAUCAAUCAGCCCAGUAGGUUGGCCCCAAAAUGAUGCUUUGAUGACUGUCGUCCGCCGACUACCUCCAACUCGAAGAGAUUCAAAUCGGCGGCAUAUCAUGCCACUAUAUCAAGCUGCGGAGCCGGCUGUAUUUGAUGAUGAUGAAUCCUUAGGUCAUGAGCCUGUAUUUUCUGAAAGAAGCUGUUGCGAGAAGAAUGUUGCAGAGGACAGUACUGUUAACACAAUAGAGAUAAAAACAUAUCCAGAAGUUUCAGCUGCUACUCGGGCCAAUUCUUGCAAUAACUUCACUGUUUUGGUCCAUCUCAAAGCCUCUGCUUCAAUUAAUAGAACAAACCCCAGCAGAAGCCAGGCUAGCUUGCCACAAAUUUCUCAGACUCCUCGUGCUCCAGUCGACCUAGUCACAGUGCUUGACAUCAGCGGUAGCAUGGCAGGUACCAAGCUUGCAUUGCUUAAACGAGCUAUGGGGUUUGUCAUACAGAACCUUGGCUCUAAUGACAGGCUUUCAGUUAUUGCCUUCUCCUCCACGGCCCGUCGCCUCUUUCCCCUUCGUCGAAUGUCUGACGCGGGGCGCCAACAGGCAUUGCAAGCUGUCAACUCUUUGGUUGCAAAUGGUGGGACCAACAUUGCUGAAGGGCUGAGAAAGGGUGCCAAGAUAAUGGAAGACCGAAGAGACAAGAAGCCAGUGGCCAGUAUAAUACUGUUGUCUGAUGGGCAAGACACUUAUACUGUCAGUGGCUCUGGUAUUAACCAGCCUAAACCAAAUUACCAGUUACUCCUCCCUUUAUCUAUUCAUGGUGGUAACAAUACAGGAUUUCAGAUUCCAGUGCAUGCUUUUGGAUUUGGUGUGGAUCAUGAUGCUUCAUCUAUGCACGCAAUUUCAGAGACUUCUGGAGGGACAUUUUCUUUCAUUGAGACCGAAGCUGUGAUCCAGGAUGCAUUUGCACAAUGCAUUGGGGGGCUUUUGAGUGUUGUAGUGCAGGAGCUCCAAGUGGGAGUUGAAUGUGUGCACACAAAAACCCACCUUGUCUCACUGAAAGCAGGAAGUUACCCAAGCCGUAUGAUGGCUGAUGGACGCACAGGAUUUAUUGAUGUUGGAGAUUUGUAUGCUGAUGAAGAGAGGGACUUUCUGGUUUCUGUUGAUGUACCUGCAGAGCCUUCGAGUAGUGAAACAUCAUUGAUAAAGGUGAGAUGUGUUUUCAAGGAUCCCUUAACUAAAGAGGUGACAACAUUGGAGAGUGAAGAAGUUAGGAUUGAGAGGCCUGAGAUAGUUGGACAAGUGGUAGUGUCGAUAGAGGUAGACCGGCAACGUAACAGGCUCCAAGCAGCUGAGGCAAUGGCACAGGCACGAGUUGCAGCUGAGCACGGAGACUUAGCUGGCGCAGUUUCACUUCUUGAAAAUUGCCGAAGAGUGUUGGCAGAGACCAUUUCGGCCAAAUCUCAUGACCGGCUUUGCAUUGCUUUGGAUGCUGAGCUCAAGGAAAUGCAAGAGAGGAUGGCGAGUAGGCAUGUAUAUGAGGCAUCUGGGAGAGCGUAUAUUCUUUCUGGACUCAGCUCACACUCAUGGCAAAGAGCAACAGCAAGAGGUGACUCCACUGAUGGUUCAAGUCUUAUCCAAGCUUAUCAAACUCCAUCAAUGGUCGAGAUGCUUACUCGAUCUCAGGCUAUGUUACUAGGCAGUCCAUCAGCCCAGAGGCUUACCCAACCAUUGUUGUCAUUCGGGUUACAACCGAAGCCAAGGUAAAUUUUGCAGGAUUAUUGUGGGGGUCAUCUUCAAAUAGCUUUUUUUUGUUGCAUUUCUCAUUUUCCUUAUUUUUAAUUUUUGUUCUGGGGAGGGUGAUAAAUUGGAGAGAUAAGAAGAGGGGUUUUUUUGGGCUGUGGUUUUGCUCCUAUCUUAUAUAUGUGUAAAUGAAUAAAGAUGGGGAAAGAAGGGCGAAAGGAUAUAUUUGGGAGUAAAAGAGGACACCUAGGUAGGGUUUACAGCAUAUGUUCUUCAUUUUUGUGUCGUUUUGGGGGUGGUGUACAUAAUGAUGAAUGAUUUUUCUCUUUGGGAGAACUGGGUAUAAGUUUGUAAUUGUGAAAAUGGUUGGUUGAACUCUUUCACCUAAUAUUUAAUUUACUUGCUCUCGAUUCUUUCCAUUUA